AUGGCCUCACAAACCCCAAUGGAAGACGCUUUGCGCACAAAGAUCACUGAGUCCCUCUCCCCCACCCAUCUGGAAAUCCACAACGACUCGCAUCUCCACUCGCACCACAAAGCCAUGGUCGAUUCCACCUCACAAGAAACCCACUUUCGCGUCGUUAUCACCUCGGAGGCAUUCAAGAGCAAGAUGCAACCUGCCAGACAUCGGAUGGUGUAUAAGUUGGUGGAUGAAGAGAUGAAGAAGGAGGGUGGGAUUCAUGCGUUACAGCUGCGCACGAGAACACCAGACGAAGAAAAGACACAGGAGGAGAGGGCGAGACAGGUCAAUGGCUGA